AUGACGCUGCAGUUUGUCUCCUUUUUUGCUGUUGUUGCUGCUGCUGUUAAUGUAUGUGUUGCUGCUGUAUGGCGCAUAGCGGGCUCUGGCUGGGGCUGGGAUGCUUACACAGCAGCAGCAGCAGCAGCAGCAGCAGCAGCAGCAGCAGCAGGGGAUACAGGUGCAGCAGCAGUAACAACAACAGCAGCAACAGCAGCAGCAGCGGGUUCUUCUGCUAUUCCUUUCCCUGCAGCAGCAGCAGCAACAGCAGCAGCAGCAGCAGCAGCAGGAGCAGCAGGUGGAGGAGGUCUGUCUUUGCCUGCAGCAUCAUCCCCAUCGCCACCAUCUACAUCAUCAUCAACAGCAGCAGCAGCAGCAGCAGCAGCAGCAGCAGGGGGGGGGUAUGCAGGCGCGGUGCUGCUGCUGCUGCAGCAGCUCUUUGGGGGCUUCACAGCACGCACAGCCAUCCCCUGUAUGGUCGAUGCCUUCGGCUUUGCUUCUUCUCUCCCCUCCUGGGCAAACGAAGUUAAAGACGAUGUUCCGAGAUGA